GGCCAGCUAAUGUUAAAAGUUCCCAUCACGGAACGCAGGGGUCCCUGGCGGGCUCUGGUCACAGGUUUUAUUUUGGUAAAGGGUCGAGCAUGAGAGGCGCUGGAUCGGCAGCAGUCGCCGCCUCCCGAAGCGCUGAAUGAUUCUCUCUCUCUCUCCGAGGAUGAGCAGGGUCACCGUCACCCCGCAGCUCGUUUCCCAGACACCGCUUUCCGCCCACCUCUGUAAGACUGCAGCCUCAGUUUUCGAUACGUCCUUACAAUAUGAAGAGCAAUGUAAUGUAUACCGCCAGUCUUGCGGAGACGGUGCUUGACAAGACAGUAUGGUUAAAUUAAAACAUCUUCUAUGAUGAUGGGUACUUACCCGAAAAAACCACGUGAAGAAUACGAAAGUGAAAGCAGUUGUUUUUUCCUUCUGAAAUGGCGGCGGAGCUGGGUUUUCCUUCCAGCCGCGCUCGGGCGAGGUCGCGGCGAUACCGGUGGUCAGGAGCGUCGGGACCCCUGGUGUUGUUUCUGAUUGUUGUGUGGUUCACCCCUGCGGCAGAAUCGUUGGAUAUGACCAUUUUUAGAAGUCCAAAGAAUGUAUUAUUGAAUACGGACAUUACCUUGGAAUGUAAAGUUACCGAUUUUGGAACGCCACUUCUUGACCUAUCAAACGUAGGUGUUAAGUGGUUGUAUGGAUCCCAAAGGAAAGAAAUCUAUAUCUUUAAUGCAGGAGAUGCUAUGGCUAAACGACAUGGAGCCAAAAUAUUUGAAACUGAAUUACGGAAAGGAGAUGCUUCACUUUAUCUUCCAAAUAUCCAAUUAAAUGAAGCAGGAGAAUACAUUUGUGUUGUACUUGUCACUCCUGACAGAGUGGAAAAGAGUUCACAAAUUGUGGUCUUGGCUAAGCCAAAGGUGCUUCUAUCCACGCAACACAUUACCAUUCUGAAUGGUACAGAGAAAUCUGUCCAGUGUGAUGCUGCGGAAUUUUAUCCUCAGAAGCAUGAAAUCUUCUGGGAAAAGAUAUCCGGAGGGAAAACUGAGAGAUUGCAAAGACAUGUCUGCACUGGAGCUGCAGUUUCUAAUAAUGAUGGAACGUUUAACGUUUCCAGUAAUAUUAGAAUUGAACCAACUCCGAAUGAUGAUGGUAAUGUAUACAAGUGUACAGUGAGACAUCAGUCCCUUCCAGACGAACUUUCAGAAGAGGUGAAACUCACGGUUGAAGUUUCAGAGCCUGAAUCAGCUUCAACAGGAGCAGUGGGAGCUGCAUUUGUAGGAGGAUUUGUGUUAUGUAUCCCGUUUGCUGCAGGACUACUUGCUUGUUGGUGGAGAUUUCGAGCAGUUCCUCCAAAAAUUACUGGAUGCAGUGAACAUCAAGUUUUGAAACAUCUUGAAGAAAGCGUAGUCACUUGGAUGGUUAGCUCAUUUCGACCUUAUGAGAUUACAAUUGUGAUCUACGCAAAGAGGAAGCAGAACGAUAAAUGUCGGCUUCUGAAUUGGAGCAGUAAGGAUGGGAAAAAAAUCUGCAGUCAGUAUACAUCAACAAAUGGACCUGAUUGUAAUGAAACGAAAAUCCUUAUGCGGUCAGAUGACGAAGAUGCAUCCUUUAAAGCACAGAUUUCUGAAUUAAAAACUAACACACGAAAGAUUUGCAGUGUAGAAGUCAGUGUCAGAAUACAUCCAGAUAUUUCUCAGGAUGAUGGGGCUGAGUUAAGUAUCGAAGUUCAACAUCAGGCACUUAAAGAGCCUAUAACUAAGACACUGACACUAGACGUUAAAGGAGUGCCACCUAAGGUUUUAAACAUUUUGACGCCACCUCUCAUCAAAGACAAGGAACCUGUGGCUUUGUCUUGUUCAGUCAGUGGAUUUAAACCAAGACCAUUAAGUAUUAUAUGGCAACAAAAGAGAAAGAAUAAAGAUUUGGAAGAACUUGUCCAGUUGCAGCUGGACAAUACGACAAACAAACACGAUGACAACAGGAUGAAUUUGAAGGCAAAGCAUUACAUCAGUGAAGUGGAGCAUGAAGACAAAACUUACAGCAUUGCUAGUGUAUUAGUUAUUGUGCCAAAUAUACAGCAAGACCAGAACUCGCAGUACUUAUGUAGCAUACUGCACCACUCCACUAACGACAAGCAAGAGAAAGAAAUAACCCUAAGAAUUACAGCUCCUCCAAAACUGGGCACUAUAAAGUGUGAAGCAGCAAAACCAAUUGCAGAAGUGCCCAUGAAUUUAAGCUGUCAAAUAAGUGCAUUUUACCCCAGAGAUAUCAUAGUUAAAUGGCUCAAAGAUGGCUCAGAAAUACAACAAAAUUCUGAAGUUAAUGAUGCAGUGAUUGGACAGGAUGAACUCUAUCAUUUCACAGCUGCUGUGCAGAUUGUUCUUAGCAGCGCUGACACUGAGACAAAAUACACAUGCCAAGUAGCACAUGAGAGCUUAUCAAGGCCAAUAGAGACUCACUGGGUAGCUGGUGAAGUGAUUUCAUUGCCAAAGAUCUCAGAAAUUAAGGCAGAUCCAACUUGCCCUGAAAUAGGAAAGCCUUUAACACUUUCCUGCACGGCUUAUGGAUUUUUUCCAGAAGGAAAUCAGAUAUUCUGGUUCAAAGAUGAUAGUAAAUUUCAAGAUGCAUCACAAGCAGGAAUAGUCACUGAAGAAAGUACAAAGGAUUCCAGUGGUUUGUACUCACGAUCAUCCCGUUGGACAUUUAACCCAACUGCUCGUGAUCAUGGGAAAGAGUUCAAGAUGCAAAUCCUUCAUUCUGAAACUUCAAGCAAGCCUGUGACAUCCCGUUACCGUCUGCAAUUUAGAGGCAAUACUGACAAAAAAGAUGUCAGCAAUAGAGCAAUAAGUGAAGACCGUACCCCUAAGAAAGUUGGCAGCAGUAAAGCAAAAAAUGAAGACUUUGACUCUGCCCAUAUGAAUGGUUCCAGAAGUUCUUCCCUUUCAAAAGACCGUAUCUCUGAGAAAGAUGGCAGCAGUAAAGCAAAAAAUGAAGACAACGCUGACAAGGAAGAUGGCAGCAAUAGAGCAACAAGUGAAGCAGAUGUAUGGGAGAAGGUUUCAGAAAUAAAGUGCCUCACAAAAAGUCCUAAAAUUGGUCAACCAGUAACUCUUUCUUGCGAUGUUAAAGGAUGUGCUGUUGAAGAGGCUCAUAUCAUCUGGUACAGAGAUGCUUAUCCUUUUGAUGAAAAGGAGUACGUUACAAACAAGCCAUUUCAAAAUGGUAGCGGUUUCACCACUGAACUAACUUAUACGCCAAAACCAAAUGAUAAACAACACAUCCAAGUUCAAAUUGAAUUUAAUUUGGAAGAACAUAUGAAACAGUAUGACUUGAUAUUAAUUUGAAUUUAUGUAGCAUUUUCUGGAAGAGUAUGGAAGCUUUUUUAAUUGGAGACAGCACUUCAUUUAUAACAGUAAAAUAAUUUACUGUCAACUUCAUUGUUCUUUUGCAGUUUACCAUCCAGUAUCCAUUCACCAUUCUGAUUGGUAAAUUAAUCCAGUUUAGUUAAUGUACUGUUUAUUUAAGUCACAAAAGUUACAUAAUUGUGAGGCAGACAGUGAUUUAGUUGUAGGUGUAAGGAGAAAUUAAUUGAGGAUCCAGAUGUGUCCCAAGAGCUCGUGUACAGUAGGAGUUGUCUGAUCUGACACAUUAAGCCACUAUGAUGUAAUUGUGUCGAUCUGCUGGACAAAUCCAUGAAUCAUUUAUUACAGUUAAGUUGAGCUCUUAUGCCAUUUGCACGAAAGUGUAACUACUAUUAGUGCAUUUACGGAACAAUGCCUCUCUCCUCCUACCAGCUAAUCAGGUGGAUCAGAUGCAUUGAUCAAUUUUGUAAAUUUUCUAGAAACACAACAAAAUGCUAGAGGAUCUCAGCAAGCUGGGCAGCAUCUGUUGAGAGGAAUGAAGGGGCAAUGCACACAGGAAUCAAAAACAUACAGAGCACAGGUUUAAUGUGAGAGGGGAAGAGUAUCAAAGAGACCUGUGGGACAGUCUGAUUUGGAUGAGUACCUGGAUUGGAAGGUUUUAAAGGAAUAUCAUGGGCAAGUGGAUUCUGGAAAAAAGAUUUUCAAGCUUCUGGUAAUUGUCCCUCCUUCAUUGUUUCCUGCCUCCCUCCCCCUUUGGAAAUUCCCCAAUCCUGUUUCCCUCUCACUUUAUCCCCCUUACCUGCCCAUCCCCACCCUCUGGUACUCCUCCCCCUGCCCUUUCUUCUGUUCUCUUUCUGAUUUCCCCUUCUCCAGCCCUUUAUCUCUUUCACCAACCAACUCCCCAGCUCUUUACUUCACCCCUCCCUCUCUCCAUUUCACCCAUCACCUACCACUUUGUACUUUUUCCUCCCCUCCCCCAGCCAUCUUACUCGGAUCUCUUUUCUCCCCCAUUCUUGAUGAAAGGUCUCAGCCAGAAACAUCAGCUGUUUACUCUUUUCCAUAGACACUGCCUGGCCUGCUUGCAUCUCCAGCCCUUCACUAUUACAAGGUUUUAACAUUUUAGAACUAAUGUUAAGGUCGUUGGAAUUCAGUAUAAUGGACUAGAAUUGCAGUCACAGACCAUUUAGUACCAAUGAUGUAACAAUCCCUGUCGUAUGCAGAACCCCUUUUCUGUCUUUAAAUGUUACUAUUAUAAACCAGAAAGGGGAUUUCUGCAAUCCAGCAUUAUCACACCAGAAAGCUUGAUUGCAUCAAAGAAUUAUGUGGACUGUUUACUGAGAGGUGUUUUCAUUUUUAAAAAGUGCUUUAGACAUCUAAUUAAAUAUUAGACUCUCUGUAUGUGAACACAUUUGAAGGUGAUAGAUAAAUAUUGUAUGUUAACAUAAUUUUUAAGAUUUACAUGUAUAUGUUAUGCCAGUUUGGGCAGCAAAAUUAUUGAGCCUUGUUACAUAAGUAUGUAUGUGAAAGGUCUAAACUUUCAUGCGUUAGCCGAAGCUUAGAAUCAUAUCAACUAAAGCUGUGGCCCCACUAUAACUGAAUAAUCUAUGCUUGUAUGCAAGUCCUGAAGUUCUCUCAUUUUUACAGAGAGAUCAAGGAAACUGCUGAUAAAUAUGUAGUGGGAUUUGGUAGGCCAUCUGGUACUUGGAAAUUUCAGUGAGAAAAGGAUCAAAUAUACCAUUCACUGAGAAUUAUAUGCUGGUUAACAACUGGUAGUAAAAUUGGAUUCAGAUAUGGGAAUAGGAAAUGAGGGCUGCACCACGAGAAUUGGAAGAGAAAAUCUUGGAUGAAUUUCUGGUGGGGCAAUAAAAGCAUGAAUGUACAUUGUAUGUCAUUUUUUAUAGUCUCUUAAAAUAUAUUUUCAUUAAAUGUAUUCAAAUUCUAGAAAUUAUAAUUUGUGUAUAUGAAUGUGACUGCCUCCUAACAAUUACAUCUAGCAUUUGUAAAUAAAUUAUUGUUUGAUAUUA